UGAACUGAAAGCUUCGUCAAACAACAACAUUUCUAUUCAGAAACUCGAAAAUUAACGAUCAGAUCUGGUAUUCACUCACAGUCAUGGCAUCCUCCAGGGGUCCACUAAAUGAGGAGCUCCAGUGCUCCAUCUGUCUGGAUGUGUUCACUGAUCCAGUCACCACUCCAUGUGGACACAACUUCUGCAGAACCUGCCUGAACAAGUGCUGGACAAACACACAGACCUGCUUCUGUCCACUCUGUAAAGAAACAUUCAGCAGAAGACCUGAUCUCAAGAUUAAUUCAACAUUAAGAGAAGUUGUGCAACACUUUAAGGAGAAGCUCAAUCUAGGAGAAUCUGAGGUGUUGUGUGACAUCUGUGAUGGAAGAAAGCAGAAAGCCGUGAAGUCCUGCCUGAUGUGUCAAAGCUCUUACUGUGAGACUCACCUGGAGCCUCAUCACAGAGUCCCACGUCUAAAGAAACACACACUGAUCAACGCUGUGGAAAAUCUGGAGGAUUAUAUAUGCCAGAAACACGAGAGACCUCUGGAGCUGUUCUGCAGAGAUGAUCAGACGAGUGUGUGUCUGUCCUGCACUGAAGGAGACCACAGGACUCACAACACUGUUCCUAUAGAGGAGGAGAGUCAGCAGAAGAAGAAUCAGCUGCUUCAGACACAGACAGAUGUGCAGCAGAUGAUCCAGAACAGAAUGAAGAAGAUUCAAGAGAUCCAGCACUCAGUAGAGAUGAGAAAGAUGUACUCAUCUCUGUGCAGUCGUCCACACAUCAAGAACUGCACUGAGAUCAGGAUUGACUCUGAUGUGAAUGUGUAUUCAAUGAAUAGAGCUCUGAUUCAGCUGGAGAAAACUCUAGAUGGGAGACUAAAGAAAAUUGGUCAGACUGGGUUGAAGUGUCUACAGAAGUUUGCAGUGGAUGUGACUCUGGAUCCUGAUACAGCGAUUUCAUAUCUCAUUCUGUCUGAUGAUGGAAAACAAGUCAGUCAUGGAGAUAUUGAGCGUGACGUCCCAGAAAACCCAAAGAGAUUUAAUAAAACUAUUUCUGUUCUGGCAAAGCAGGGAUUCAGUUCAGGCAGAUUUUACUAUGAGGUGCAGGUGAAGGGAAAGACUGAGUGGGAUUUAGGAGUGGCCAGAGAAUCCAUUAACAGGAAGGGGGCCAUCACAUAUACUCCAGUGAAUGGAUGCUGGACUCUGAUUCUGAGGAACGAGAAUGAAUAUAAAGCUUGUGAAAAUUCACUUGUCUCUUUAUCUCUGAGUGUGAAACCUGAGAUUGUGGGAGUGUUUGUGGAUUAUGAGGAGGGUCUGGUCUCUUUUUAUGACGUGGGCUCCAGCUCUCAUAUCUACUCUUUCACUGGUCAGACUUUCACUGAGAAACUCUAUCCAUAUUUUAGUCCAUACCUUAAUAAAGGAGGUAAAAACUCAAAACCACUGAUCAUCACACCUGUUAACAAAUAAAUUGCUAUGAAAUAUGAAACAUGAAAUGUGGAAAGAUUAUAUG